AUGGAUCCAAAUUGUUGUGAUGAUAUACAUUGUGAGGAAAACAAUGAUAGUUUAACAAAUGCAAAGUGUAUUGUAGAUGAAAUUUGGAAGAUGUUGGAGAGUGGAAUGGAAGAAGAAUACAUUGGAGAGGCAAUCUCACAAUUGGAACAUGCAUUGCAAGCAGCUGCCUCUGCUUCUGCCAAUGGUUGUGACGAUGAGACCGUUCUAGCUGCGCUGCUGCACGAUAUCGGUCAGUUUGUAGUGGCAUCGGAUAUGUCUCAGCAGAUGUUGAUGACCGACGAAGUCACCGGUGAAACAGUGUCGGUGGGUGCACACGGUCACGAGAUCAUCGGAGGUCAGUUCCUCCGAGCCAAAGGAUUCUCUGAUAAAGUAGCACAACUGGUGGAGGCACACGUCAAUGUCAAGCGAUACCUGACCGGUUCCAAUCCCGACUAUUAUAACAGCUUGAGUGAUGCAUCAAAGGCAUCGCUAAAGUUCCAAGGUGGUCCAUUCACAGCAGAGCAAGUCAAGCAGUUCGAGGCAUCCGAUCAUUUCGCGCUGAAAGUUCAACUACGUCGUUGGGAUGACGCUGCUAAAGUAGUCGGUUUACAAACACCAACAUUAGAAUUCUAUAGACCAAUUGCAAUCAAUCAUUUAUUAAAUCAACAAAAAUUAAAACAACAAUAA